CCUUUGAGGGCGGGGCCCGGAGGUCGUCGUGGAGGAGAAGCUGGGGGAAUCGAGGCCCGCGUCUCAAAUUGACUGACGGCCUGACCAAACGACUGCCAUGGCUGUCUCUCUGCUGGUACGGGGCUGCGGCCGGGUCAGCCGAACUUUCCGUUCCCGGGGCUGGAAUCAGCUGCACACUGUCUACCAGUCAGCAGAGCUGCCUGAGACGUACCAAAUGCUUCGCCAGACGUGCCGGGAUUUUGCCCAGAAAGAGCUAAUCCCUAUUGCUGGGCAGUUGGAUAAGGAGCACUGCUUCCCUGGCGCCCAGAUAAAGAAGAUGGGGGAGCUCGGGCUCCUGGCUAUGGCUGUGCCCGAGGAGCUUGGCGGAGCGGGGCUCGACUACUUGGCCUACGCCAUCGCUUUGGAGGAGAUCAGCCGGGGCUGCGCAUCGACCGGAGUCAUCAUGAGUGUCAACAACUCUCUCUAUUUGGGGCCCCUCCUCGCCUUCGGAUCCCAGGAACAGAAGCAGAAAUGGAUCUCGCCCUUCACCAGCGGCGACAAGAUUGGCUGCUUUGCCCUCAGCGAGCCAGGGAAUGGCAGCGAUGCGGGGGCCGCUUCCACCACGGCCCGGCCGGACGGAGAUGGCUGGGUCCUGAAUGGCACCAAGGCCUGGAUCACCAACGCCUGGGAAGCGUCGGCGGCCGUGGUCUUCGCCACAUCUGAAAAGUCCUUGAAACACAAGGGCAUCACGGCCUUCCUGGUGCCCAUGCCCACGCCGGGGCUCUCGCUGGGGAAGAAGGAGGACAAGCUGGGCAUCCGGGCCUCCUCCACGGCCAACCUCAUCUUCGAGGACUGCCGCCUCCCCAAGGACAGCGUGCUGGGCCAGAUGGGCCUGGGCUUCAAGAUCGCCAUGCAAACCCUGGACAUGGGCCGCAUCGGCAUCGCCGCCCAGGCCCUGGGCAUCGCCCAGGCCGCCUUGGACUGUGCCGUGGACUACGCGGAGAAGCGCAUGGCCUUCGGCUCCCCCCUCACCAAGCUGCAGAGCAUCCAGUUCAAGUUGGCAGACAUGGCCCUGGCCCUGGAGGGCGCCCGGCUGCUGACCUGGCGGGCCGCCAUGCUCAAGGACAACCAGAAGCCCUUCAGCAAGGAAGCCGCCAUGGCCAAGCUGGCCGCGUCCGAGGCCGCCACCCGCAUCGCCCACCAGGCCAUCCAGAUCCUGGGCGGGAUGGGCUACGUGACCGAGAUGCCCGCCGAGCGCCAUUACCGAGACGCCCGCAUCACGGAGAUCUACGAGGGCACCAGCGAGAUCCAGCGCCUGGUCAUCGCCGGCCACCUGCUCAAGAGCUACCGGAGCUGAGCCCGCCGGGGGCCGCCGCAAGCGACUCGCCAACAGCCAACCUCAGGGAAAGGCCACCCGGGGGAGUCCUGGCCAGGCGCGCCGGCCGCAGCCCCCCUCCGAGAACCGUCAGCCCGGCCCAGAGGCCCCGCCGAGGGGGAGCCCCAACACUCCAGGGAGGGCCCGAGGAAGGCCUGGGGAAUCAUGUGACCCAAUCAUGGAGGGAACGGGGGCUCCCUGGCUCCACGCCAGCGUUUUUCCUAAUUAAAUUUUGUUUACAAACAA